AUGGCAACCCAAACGCAGACCAGUUCCGGCACGGGAUCAAAUUCAUCUCUGCUCUCUUCAUCCACUUCUUCGAAAAUGGAUGACACUGAGUAUGUCUCCUUCAGCCCCAACUUUGCCUACUAUGAGCCUCGAUCGGCGAGUGCCAAAUGCCAUGAAUGGAAGCGGGUCCCCAUGCAAUACGACCAUGAAAUUUACCUCCAACUCACAGCGGGCGAGGACGGUCUAUCUCGAGGUACGUGA